CCCCGCCCCCCCCAACCCCCCCCGUCAGCAACCGGCUUCGGGCCCGGGGCCGCGGGACUUCGCUCUUCUAGUUUAAAAGAAAAUGUCUACAUUUAACACUGCAGCAAGGGUGGAAACUUGGCUUUCAUCCACGUGGCAUGUUAAGGUUCCUUUGACAUGGUUGGAAGCGUGUAUUAAUUGGAUCCAGGAAGAAAACAGCGGUAGUAACUUAAGUCAAGCUCAGAUUAACAAGCAGGUAUUUGAGCAAUGGCUUCUUACAGAUCUAAGAGAUUUAGAAUAUCCGAUUUUGCCUGAUUGCAUCUUGGAUGCUCCCAAAGGAGAGCUGUCUGGCUUUUAUUCCAUACAGAUCGAUUCACUUGUUGAUGUUAGCCAGCCAGCAUAUUCCCAGUUGCAGAAGAUAAGAGGGAAAAGUACUGUGAACGAAGAAGUAACAGCCAAUACUCAGGCAUUCCCGAAGCCCUGGGAAGCAAAGCCUACUCGAAUGCUGAUGCUGCAGCUGACUGAUGGGAUACAUCAAAUUCAGGGCAUGGAGUACCAGCCGGUGCCAGUACUCCAUAGUGAUCUUCCUCCAGGAACAAAAAUCACUUUACACGGUAGUAUUGCGUAUCGUCUUGGAGUCCUUUUGCUUAAACCAGAAAAUGUGAAACUGUUGGGAGGUGAAGUGGAUGCUCUUCUGGAGGAGUAUUCCCAGGAAAGAGUCCUUGCUAGACUAAUUGGAGAAGCUGAGAACCCUAAUUCUGUUGGACAACCUGGUCAUGAACAAAUUGUACUCAGUCCUAUGGAUGAAUUAGAAGAAACGCUAGGCCCUUCAGAUGAAGAGCUUUUGGCCAGUCUUGAUGAAAAUAACAGAAUUAUUUUAAACAAUGAAACGUCUUUAGAAAGUGGAUACUGGAGUAGAAGCAACAAUUUUAAUACAGCCUCAGGUUCACUCACUGCACACAACGAAAAUACGUUGCAACAGGAGUCGCUAGGCUCUCAUUCACGUGAACAGACUCCUGUGGAGUUAAAUGAUUUUCCUUUGGAAGAUGACAUUCUUCUAGAAGAAGAGAUGCAAAGAGAGCUGGAAGAAGUGCCACCAGUGGUCACAAACAGAAGCACUGAUUUAACGACUGAGAGGAUUCCACAUACAUAUAGAAACUCCUGCAAUUCAUCUUUAAAUGGCACUUCUGGAAGAGAUGAAGGGCAUGAAAGAGAUAAGCCCGUAGAAGCUACCAGCAAGCAAAAGACUUCAGGAAGAAGAACAGUAUCUGCUGGAGAUGGCAAUAGUACAAAUUACUUUUCACAGCAUAACACUGCACAUCAGGCCUACAGCUCUUCAUUUUUUUCUUUGGAAAAUCAUCAUGAAGAAAGGCAGAGUGAUAAAGACUUAGAUGAGAGCACAUGUAAAUCCCAUCACACUUCUGACAGCAGGCAGUUACACAGUGAUCCUGUAUCUUUCUCAAAAACUGAUCCAGAAGCAGAUCAGCCGAAGCAUGACAUGCAGACUGUUCCUUGCAGAGCAGUAGAGGCUUGUGACCUUGAUUUAGAUUCUCCACCUUUCACAUACCUUUCCCUUCUCCUUGCAAAGAAACCAAAAGCUGUCACAAUUGUGAAAGUUAAGUGUUUUAUUGUAACUCUCACUGGAAACCUCAGGAGCAGUAAUGGGUCCUGGGGUAUAAAGGCAAAAAUUUCUGAUGGUUCAGCUUAUCUUGAAGUAAAUUUUGCUGAUGAUAUUCUAACAAGUUUGAUAGGAUUUUCAGUGCUUGAAAUGAAUAUGUUGAGAAAAGAUCCAGCUUUACAUGGGAAAAUUAAGGAUGGUUUAGAGAGAUGUCAAAAACAACUGAUAGAUCUCUGUUGUUUGAUGACUAUAGAGUUUAAUCCAUUUCAGUCUAAAGCCACUGUUAUAAUUCUACAGGAUGUUGAUACAAGGCAUCUAGAACAAUUGAAAAAACGUUUAAAUAAAUAAUAGUCUGUAUUUUCCUUAAGUAUUUUCCCAAAGGGACCGUUGAAAGUUGAAUUUUAAGGCUAAAUAGCAUGCCUUUUCUCAGGAAAAAUAGUAGAAAAACUAUUUCCACUAUUGGAGGAGAAGACAACUUGAGGGGGAAGAAUUUUGCAGCUUGUUUCUUACGGUGGUAGUAUUGAAAUUAAUUUUCAAAUAGUUCCAGCUUGAUUUAAAAUGUUAAUGCAUCAUUUUCAUUCAGCAAAAUCUUACGCAUCCUUAACUGGUGAUCUGGAGGAGCAGACUGUCAGGAAGUGAAUAAUAAAUAACAAACCAGCUCCUUCUUGCAAUUUUUGAAAAAGGUUACUUACCUGAUUUUUUAAAGGCAGUUGGAGGAGGAAGGCAGUUGAGUAAAUUUAAAUAAAGAAUAUUGAUUAGAUGUGAGUAUUUCUGACUAUGCCAACUUGAUACAGUGUGCAGAAACCUGAAGGUAAAGUAAAAAGUACUUCUUCCAAAUACUCAUGUAUUAAGAAAAAAAAAAAAAA